AUUUAUCGCUUAAUCUCAGCCAUUUUACCGAAUAAAUGAUUAUUCUCUACUAACCACAAAGAUAUCGGAACAUUAUACUUUAUUUUUGGAACAUGAUCAGGAAUAGUAGGUACAUCCUUAAGUUUGCUAAUUCGGGCAGAACUAGGAAAUCCUGGAUCACUAAUUGGAAAUGACCAAAUUUAUAAUACUAUUGUCACAGCACAUGCAUUCAUUAUAAUUUUCUUUAUAGUAAUACCAAUUAUAAUUGGAGGAUUUGGAAACUGAUUAAUCCCAUUAAUAUUAGGAGCCCCAGAUAUAGCAUUCCCCCGUUUAAAUAAUAUAAGAUUUUGAUUACUUCCACCCUCCUUAACUCUUUUACUAAUAAGAAGAUUUAUUGAAAAGGGAGCAGGAACAGGAUGAACCGUCUACCCCCCGCUCUCAUCCAAUAUUGCCCAUGAAGGAGCUUCUGUUGAUCUGGCCAUUUUCAGUUUACAUAUAGCAGGAAUUUCAUCUAUUCUAGGAGCUAUUAAUUUUAUUACAACAGCCUAUAAUAUACGACCCUCAGGAAUAUUAUCUGAACGAAUAACCCUAUUUAUUUGAGCAGUAAGAAUCACUGCUAUUCUCCUCCUCUUUAGAUUACCUGUAUUAGCAGGAGCAAUCACUAUACUUCUUACUGAUCGAAAUAUUAAUACUUCCUUUUUUGAUCCUGCCGGAGGAGGAGACCCAAUUCUCUAUCAACAUUUAUUUUGAUUUUUUGGUCACCCAGAAGUUUAUAUUUUAAUUCUUCCAGGAUUUGGAAUAAUCUCCCACAUUAUUAGAUAUGAAAGAGGAAAAAAAGAAACUUUCGGAGUUUUAGGUAUAAUCUAUGCAAUAAUUGCAAUUGGCUUAUUAGGAUUCGUAGUAUGAGCUCACCAUAUAUUUACAGUAGGAAUAGAUGUAGACACCCGAGCAUAUUUUACAUCAGCUACUAUAAUUAUUGCUGUUCCAACUGGAAUUAAAAUCUUUAGAUGAUUAGCAACCUUUCAUGGAGCACGAAUUACAUACUCACCCACGUCUCUAUGAUCCUUAGGGUUUAUUUUCCUCUUUACAAUUGGAGGAUUAACCGGAGUAGUUUUAGCUAAUUCAUCAAUUGAUAUUAUCUUACAUGAUACAUAUUAUGUUGUAGCUCAUUUUCAUUAUGUUCUUUCAAUAGGAGCUGUUUUUGCAAUUAUUGCAGGAUUUAUUCACUGAUUUCCUCUAUUUACUGGCCUAACUUUAAAUAAAAAAUUUUUAAAAACCCAAUUUUUUAUUAUAUUUAUAGGAGUAAAUUUAACUUUUUUUCCUCAACAUUUUCUAGGCCUUAGAGGAAUACCACGACGAUACUCAGAUUAUCCUGACGCCUAUACAGUUUGAAAUAUAAUUUCUUCAAUUGGUAGAAUAAUCUCAUUAACAAGAAUUAUUUACUUUAUUUUUAUUAUUUGAGAAGCUUUUUCAGUUCAACGAAAUUCUCUUUCUAAUAAUAAUCUUGCCUCUAAUCUCGAAUGAAUACAGUUUUUACCUCCAGCCGAACAUAACUUUUUAGAACUUCCUUAUGUAACAAAUUAA